GUAAACAAUGUAAGUGCAAUUUGCAGUUUCGACAAAGUUUGCUGAGAUGAUUGAAAGGAUGUGGACUAAAACGUGUGCAUUUUCAACGUUUGCGUUUUUCUUGUGUGUGAUGGUGCAGUAUAAAGUGGUAUACGCUAAAAGGAUAUUAUUUAUAGCAAAUAUUCCCUCGUAUAGCCAUCAAAUAACUUAUCGCGGUUUGUUAUUAGAACUAAACAGACAAGGUUACGAAAUUGUGGCAGUCACUACAGAUCCUAUAAAAAAUUCUUCUUUAACAAAUUAUAAAGAGAUUGAUUUGCAUCACUUUUACAAAGGUUUUCCCGAUGUAAAAGAUGUAAUGCCAUAUAACGGUAUUUUCGAAGCAAGAAGCAAAUUAUCUUUUUUAAAUACAGAAAUAAUUUUAUGGAACGUAAUACACAUUCUGAAUCGUGAAGUCUUCAAACAUCCUGAAGUGAAGAAAUUAUACGCAGCUAAUAGUGAUGAACACUUUGAUGCAGUUAUCAUAGCGCAGGGCCCUACAGCUUCGCUGAAUGCUUUUGCAUACAGAUUCAACGCGCCUCUCAUAGGUAUCUCAAGCUUGGACGUAUUUAGUCAUUUGCGUUAUACGUUCGGAUCUGUGAUUCUUCCUUCGCACGAUUCUCAUUGGGAAACUAAUACACUAAUCGACACUAAUAACAUAUCAUUUUGGAGAAGACUUGUAAACUUUUUAGAAGUGUGGACUCAGAUAUAUUAUUGGCAGAACGUGUGUAUCCCCAAGGAAGACGCGAUCACGAAAAAAUACUUAGGAGAAGAUACGCCGCAUGUCGAUGAUAUAACUAGAAAUAUGAGCAUAUUUCUCGUGAACAGACACCCAUUAUUUACGUAUCGUAAACCAGAGCAACCAAAUCUCAUAUAUUAUCAUGGUUUUCACAUAACAAAAACACCACCUGCUUUACCAGAAAAUGUAAAGCAGUUCCUUGAUGAUGCGAAAGAAGGAUUUAUUUACGUCAGUUUGGGAACUAAUGUUAAAUGGAAGGAUCUACCGAAUAAAGCGUUUGAAGCUUUUCUCGAAGUAUUCUCCACGCUGCCGUGCAAAGUUCUUUGGAAAUUUGAUCCUGAACAAUUACCCGGGAAGUUCGAAAAUAUACUGAUAUCGAAAUGGCUUCCCCAGCAAGGGGUUCUUGCUCACCCAAAUAUUCGGUUAUUUUUUUAUCAAGGUGGUCUUCAAAGCACCGAAGAGGCUUUUUAUUAUGCAGUUCCGCUCGUAGGAUGUCCCUUUAUAUGGGAUCAGGAGUAUAACGCGCGAAAAAUACAAAAACUUGGCGCUGGAAUUUAUCUCCAGAAUAAUAAUAUUACAAAAAGUAGCAUUAGAGCUGUUAUAUACGAAGUUCUAACUAACAAGAGGUACAAAGAUCAGAUAAAUCGUUUGAGUAGAAUUUACAGAGAUGCACCGUAUGACACUCUUCAAAAUGCGGUACGAUGGAUAGAAUUCGUGAUACGUCGAAAUGGAACACCUUUCUUGCGAAAUAAUGUUUGCGACUUGCCAUGGUAUCAACGAUACGACUGGGACAUCAUCGGAUUCCUGAGUAUAGCAGCAUUUAUAGCGUCCGUUAUUUCUCUAUGGGUACUAUUUCAGCUUUUACGAUUUUACGCAGGAAUGUCAUUGUAUUCGCGAGUUGGUAGUUCUAACAAUUCUUAUACCAAAUCAAAAACACAAUAACCUCUGCGUAUAAAAUAAUUCUUUGAUUUAAUUAAACCAAAUAAAAGUUUCCUCAAUUUGUGCAAUUCCGUAAUUUAAAAAAUUUUUAUUGAAAAAUAAAUAUUUUUAUAAUCUGUCUGUUAUAUAAACAUAUAUAUGUAAUAUAUUGGAAGAUGUGUUUUUACACAAGAGGUUUAAUAAAUAUGCGAUGCAUACAAUUCAACAAAUACGAAUCCAUUUCGAUAUGAUAAAAACUUAUUCAAACAUUAUGUGGCUCAUAUUUUAUAAAUAUUAUGUGGCUCAUAUUUUAUAAACUUAUUAAAAUAUAAAAUAAAUGCAAGUGUGACGAAGAAUUUUUAUGUUUGUUUUCGUGCAAUAUUAUGUGAAACACAUUAUUUUCAAAAUUACUUCUGACAAUGCCAACAAUAAAAUAUAAAAGAGAAUUUGUAUUUAGAUGAUUAAUUGUAUUUGGAUGACAAACCCCACAGAACAAUAACAUCAAGAAAAGUAAAACAGAAUAUUCCUGUACCAAUUUGAAAAUGAUUAAAAAAUGAUUUAUCUUUUUAUCUUUA